CAACAACAACACUCAUCCAAAAUAAAACCAAAAGAAAUUAUAGAAAAAAAAAACAUAAGAAAGAAUUAACGAUAAACAAGCAUAAUGAGACGAAAAACAAAACAUGAUUCUCUGACAAAUAAUGAAGGCCAGUAUUGAAUAAAUUGGCAUUUAGUAUUCAAAUAUCAAUUACUUGGUUACCAAACGUACAAGCAGCUACAUCCUCUUUUACUCCAGCACAAUGUUUAAAUUUUUGAUCGUUUUAUUUUUAGCUGUAGUAGCUUAUACCUCCGCUAAGCCUCAUUUAUUAACUACCGGAGUAAACUAUGCUGCUGCUCCCGCUUUAGUGACUCCUGUUGUAGCAACAGCUGCUGUUCACCAUCCUGUUGUAGCUGCUACUGCUGUACACACGCCCGUCUUUGCCGCUCCCGCUUUUGCCGCACAGGCCUAUUAUCCUCACUAUGCUGCUGCUUCUUAUGCCACUUAUCCCUCGUAUGCUGUCUAUCCUCAUUUGGGCGGUGCCGCCUAUUACGUAAGACAACCUUGCCAAACUCAAAGAGACAAUUUGACUUUACAAAAAGAUAGUUUGUCUGUCCAUAAGGAAAAUAAGGCUGAGUCCGCGUAAAUAAGCUGUAAUUUGGAUUAUCGGUUAUACGCACUAUGAGAAGAAAUUUGAUUAUAAUGAUUAUUUUAAAAAAUAAUACUUUUGUAAAACGAGUUUUAAAUUUGUAAUAUUUAAAUGGAAAUUAAAA